CCUGUCCCGGGUGGCUACGACUGUUGCCAUAGCGACCAUUUUACGUUAACUGGUUUGUAGUUUAUCCAGGUGGCUGCACGACACCGGGGCAACCCUUUCCCACUCCCUCUCGGUUCUUUGCGGCCAAGAGGUUAUAGCAAGUUCUGGGAAACUGGCCCCGGGAACUGCGUAGCCCCGUGGGGGCGGGAUGGCCGCGGAAGAAGAGGACGAGGUGGAAUGGGUGGUGGAAAGCAUCGCGGGGUUCCUCCGAGGUCCUGACUGGUACAUCCCCAUCCUGGACUUUGUGGAGCAGAAAUGUGAAGUUUUUGAUGAUGAAGAAGAAAGCAAAUUGACCUAUACAGAGAUUCACCAGGAAUAUAAAGAACUAAAUCUAAAGAAUGGUUUUAACAUAGUUGUGGAGAUCUUAUAUCUGGUUUUGAAGUUGCAUUUUUACGUGGCCUCCAGAAAAUGGGUUGAAAAAUUGUUAGAAGGUUACCUCAAAGAAAUUGGAAUUAACGAAGAUCAGUUUCAGGAAGCGUGCACUUCUCCUCUUGCAAAGACUCGAACAUCACAGGCCAUUUUGCAACCUGUGUUGGCGGCAGAAGAUUUUACCAUCUUUAAAACGAUGAUGGUCCAGAAAAACAUUGAAAUGCAGCUGCAGGCCAUUCGAAUCAUUCAAGAGAGAAAUGGUGUGUUACCUGACUGCUUAACUGAUGGCUCUGAUGUGGUCAGUGACCUUGAGCAGGAAGAGAUGAAAAUCCUGAGGGAAGUUCUUAGAAAAUCCAAAGAAGAAUAUGAGUUGGAAGAAGAAAGGAAGAGAAAAAAACAGCUAUCGGAGGCUAAAACAGAAGCAGCCCGGGGGUACACUGACGAAGCUGCAGGUGGGAGUGAGUCCCAAGGCGACGGCGAGUGUGUGGCACAGCCUUCCUCAGAAGUUAAGGCGCAUUUUGAUAAUCCGUUGCCACAACCCUUGGCAAGAAAGACAAAAACGUUGCCUGAAACUUCCUCCUUCUCACAAAAAGGCCUGAUGACUCCUGGCUUAGAACAUACACGCAUUGAAGGACCAAUAGCAAAUUUGUCAGCACUUGGAACGGAAGAGCUGCGACAACGAGAACAGUAUCUCAAGCAGAAGAGAGAUAAGUUGAUGUCCAUGAGAAAGGAUGUAAGGACUAAGCAGAUCCAAACUCCAGAGGAAAAAGGAAAAUCCCCUGGAGAGGUGGAGGAAAUGACAGAGAAGCCUGAAAUGACAGCAGAGGAGAAGCAGACAUUACUAAAGAGGCGAAUGCUUGCAGAGAAACUUAAAGAAGAAGUUAUUAAUAAGUAAUUUAAAACAACUUAGCAAACAGAAGUCCAGAUUUUCUUAAAAAUAAAUAAUCCUUAAACCAAUAUUAGUAUCAAGUAAAUACUCGCUUUUGUAAAUGCAAAUAUUAAGCUCAUUGUUACUGUGUUGAGCUGAAGGGUAGUGGGAAAGGCAGCUCCUUAUCAAUUUAGUGUAAAUUUCUGGUAAUGUUUUCUCCUGGGGAAAGGACAGAAUCACUAACUUGGAUACCUAUCCACAAUAUGUUACAUAUUAAAGACAUAGUGGUUAACCUUCAUGGGGCUUGUGAAGUACUACAAAGGGAAAAAUAUUAAAAAGGGACAGUGUCAAGUACUGUGAGAUGGGCUGGCUAGGCUUCCUUGAGCAAAUUAUGAUUAAGCUGAUUAGAAGAGCAUGGAAAGAACAGCUUGAGUCUUGCAGCAGGAAAUUAUGCAUAUAGCUGAGGAAUUGUGAGUAUAUAUAGAAUGGAUAGAAAGGGUUAGCAUGUAAAUUCAAGACUGAUGAGGUACUAAUCAUGCAGGGCCUUAUAAGCAAUGUGAAAAAUUUUUAAAUUUUAUAUCGGGGCAGUCAGAGAUUACAUGAUCACAGUUAUUUUCACUUUAAAAGAUGGGUGGCUACUGCAUGGACAGCAGGUGGAGUAGAAUAGUUGUUGCUGUGCCAGGCAUGAGGCAACCCAAAGAACAGGUAUCCUGGACAUUUACCAUUACUUUAUUUUUGUAUUUUAGGGAAGGGUCUACAGGGUGUUCAGGGUCUCACUACUAGAACAG